AUGGAAAUUAACUAACUCAUCUCUAUCAGUCAAGAUGAAUAGAACGGCUUUUUUAGUGAUGAUGAUGAAUAAAUUUCAUAGAUAAUAGAGUAGGAUCCAACAGGUCGAUUUUGUAAAUAUAAUGAAGAAAUUGGCAAAGGGGCUUAUAAAAGUGUGUUCAGAGGAUAUGAUAAUCAAAGCGGUUGUGAAGUGGCCUGGAAUGUUUUCUAAUUGCAUACUGUUCCAGAAAAUGAAAGAAGAAGAGCAAGAUAGGAGAUUUCAAUCUUAAGUAGUUUAAAACAUAACAACAUUAUUAAUUUUAUUCAUUCUUGGCAUAAUAAAAAGAAGAAAGAAAUAAUUUUCAUAACUGAAAUCAUUAAUGGUGGUUCUUUGAAGAAUUAUUUGCGAAGAAUCUUGAGACCGAAACUAAAAGUCAUCAAAAAUUGGUGCAGAUAGAUUCUCUUAGGUCUUGAGUUUAUGCACAAAUAAAACAUCAUUCAUAGAGAUUUAAAAUGUGAAAAUAUAUUAAUAGAUACAAAUAAUAACGAAUUAAAAAUUGGAGAUUUGGGACUCUCCAUCUAAUUACAAUCAUCUUUCACUAGUUCUGUUUUGGGAACUCCAGAAUUUAUGGCCCCUGAAAUCUAUUAAGAACACUAUGAUACUAAAGUAGAUAUCUAUGCCUUUGGGAUGUGUCUCUUAGAAAUGGUGACUGGAGCCAAACCAUUCUGUGAAUGUAAGGGAGGUAUCGGCUAAGUGAUCAAAAAGGUAAUGGAAUAGUAGAAACCACAAUCAAUUGAUGCAAUUCUUAAUGAUAAAAUCAAGUCAAUUAUCUUAGAAUGUUUGAAACCCCCUGAGUAAAGACCCUCUGUUUCUGAAUUGCUACUCACUCAUUUUAAUGGAUAGACCUAGGAGAAUGACAAUUUGCCAGUGGCUAUUAAUGAACAAUACUUAAUUCAAUUGAGAGAUGAUAGCAAAAAUUCAUCUCUUCUAAAAUGCAAUCUAUCGAACAAAAUUUUGUUGACCGCAGGAAGUAGCAAAUUCGAAACAAACUCAGAAAUCAGCAACUAAAAACAGCCUUAGUAAAUUCAAAUGAAAAAGAAAAACAUUAUCAUAUAAACAGACGAAGAAACGGAUCAAGUCUUUAUGUAGUGUUAUAAGGCCUAUAUUGACAAAAAGAAGGAUGACACCUUCUUAGACCUAGAAUAAAGACAAGAAAAGGAAUUACAAAUCUUGAAAUAGUUCCAUGCCUAAUAAAAAUAAGAAUACUUAAAAAAAACUCAAAGUUUUUAGGCAGGCAACAAAAUAUCCAAUUAACUAUUUUAAAAUUCUGGAUUUAUGUCUCCAAGAUCGUAUCAAAAUUUUUUUGAUUUUCAAAAUGAGUCAAAUACCAUCAAAUCAAUAGUUGAAAGUCCAUGUAUGGAAAAGAUUGCCAAUACUAAGAUAUCUAAAUAAGGAUAACUUAAUGGGGAUAGUUCAUAAGGAUUACAAUUCUAAAUUAAUCCUUAAUCUUAAAAUGGUAUUUUGAAUCAAUUAACUGUAGAUAAAUAAAUAGAAGUCAAUUUUUGA